AGAUCAGAGUUUCUCACUUUCUGGCUGAUACUUUGGUUAAGACUUUAAGCGGAGCAAUAUCUAUACAAUACACUACAUCUCUGCAAUGGCAAUGCUGGGACUGGCUCUGUUCUUUAUUGGUUUCUUUAACUUCCAUGUUUCAGUGUUGCAUGCCAGCGAACAGCUCAACCUAAAGAACUAUCAGGUGGUCCAUCCACGAAAACUUCUUGCUCAGCACAAGAGAGAUACACAGAGCAAAUAUCCAGACCUGGUGCAUUAUGGGUUUCAGCUGGAUGGAAAACCAUUGGUGUUAGAUCUUGUACGGACUGAGAUCAUUGCUAUUAUCAGGGGCAGGUGAAGAACGACAGUGACUCAAUGGUCAGCCUUAGUACUUGCAAAGGGUUAAGCGGAUUGAUCCAGACGAGAGGGCGUAGGUUCCUGAUUGAACCGCUGAACCUGGACGAUAAUGAGAAGCACGCUGUGUUUGAGGCCCCGCAGGAGACACCCAGAACCUGUGGUGUGACAAAUACCUCAUAUACAGAGGGCAAAUUUACAAAAACAUCUCGAUCCAGCAGUAAUUUUGAGAAGCAACAAUUCCUUGGUUCCCAGAAAUACAUACAGGUUUAUGUUGUAGCAGAUAGAUCUAUGUUCCUAAAAUACAACAGAAGCGUAGAUAACGUGAAGCAGAGAAUCUUUGAAAUAAUUAAUUAUGUAAAUCUGGUGUACAAAGCCAUAAACACAUUUGUGGCCCUAACUGGCAUGGAAGUUUGGAAUACAGAAGACAAGUUUGAAGUAGUCACUUCAGCUGGAGUUAAUCUUGACCGUUUUUCUGCCUGGAGGAAAAACACGCUUCUUCCUAAAAUACCAAAUGAUAAUGCUCAGUUUCUCACUCAUACAGACUUUGAUGGAGCUACAGUGGGACUGGCAUAUGUGGGUACUCUGUGUUCUGAUUCUCAUUCCACUGGAGUUAUCCAGGAUCACAGCAGACAAUCUAUCGCCGUUGGUGCCACUGUUGCUCAUGAGAUGGGGCACAACCUGGGAAUGAACCACGAUGGCGACACUUGCUCCUGCUCUGCUAGUUCUUGUAUCAUGUCAGCCACCCUCAGUUAUAAUACGCCUCGAUUGUUCAGUUCCUGCAGUCACCAGAACUUUCAAGAUUUCAUCCUGAAUCAAAUGCCAAUAUGUAUGAAAAAUGUACCUCCGAUAAGUUCCAUUAAAACCCCACCAACGUGUGGUAAUAAGUUCACAGAACGAGGUGAAGAGUGUGACUGUGGGACAGUCGAGGAAUGUACCAAUCCGUGCUGUGAUGCUGCUACCUGCAAACUUAAAGCAGAAGCCAAAUGUGCAGAGGGUGACUGUUGUGAAAAUUGCCUGAUUAAGAAAGGAGGAGUUGUGUGCAGAGAAAGCAAGGACGACUGUGACCUGUCUGAUGUGUGUACUGGAAAGUCACCUGUUUGCCCAUCUGAUCGCUUUAGAGUCAAUGGCUUUCCCUGCAGAAAUGGUCAAGGAAGCUGUUACAAUGGGAAGUGUCCAACCCUGCAGGCACAAUGUGCAGCACUGUGGGGAGCAGGUGCUACUGUUGCUGAGGUUUCAUGCUUCAGGAAUAACAUGAGAGGUGUUAACUAUGCCAAUUGUGGGCAGUCUGAGGGUACCUAUGUCCCGUGUAGCGUUAAGAACAUCAUGUGUGGAGUAAUUUUCUGCUCUGGAGGUGGUAGCACUCCAUCAGUUUAUGCUGCCUAUAUUGAGUUGUCAAGAUGCAAAGGUGUCCUGCAUCCAUUAGGCAUGGUAGAAAAUGGGACAUUGUGUGAUGAUGGAAAGGUGUGCACAAACGGUGUAUGCACAGAUAUUGAGAGUGCAUACAGAUCAUCCACCUGCGCAGCCAAUUGCCCAGAAAAUGCGGUGUGUGACCAUGAGCUGAAAUGUCAAUGCAAGGAAGGAUAUGCACCUCCUAACUGUGAUACCAUCUCAGGGUCAAACAUUACCAUCAUCAUUGUGGCGGUGAUUAUUGUUCUUGUUGUGGUCAUCGCUGUUGUGUCAUUGGUGCUAUUACGUAGGAGGAGAUCAAGACAAAGGAGUACUCCAUCAACCAUAUCUGGCUCAACAAACCCAGCUUUCAAGGUGCGGGAUCAGAGGAAACAGCCAAACACCAAUAUAUCCACACCAGAGAUAGAUUCCAGGAAUGCCCUUUACCCUCCUCCUCCUCCACCUGCACAAACUCAAAAGCCCCAAAUUUCAUUUGCAAAUCCUACCAGAGUGGGAUAUCAGGGUCCCCAAUAUACUAUGCAAACUCAGUCCUCGCCAGCUCCUUCACCAAAACCCUUGAGACCCAAUGCUCCUCCUCCCCCUGUGCCUACAAGCAAACCUGUCCUCCCUAGUGCCCCACCAAAGGCAUUGAAACCUCCAAUCAAUAAAUAGAAGAGAGUGCUGAAAAUAUGAGAUGUUGGACACUACUCCUGUAUAUAAGUUAAAUCAGUUGUGGGCACUUAACAUAGUACAUAUGGAGAACACAUACCAAGUUUUUAUCGUUUUAUCCAAUUCCCACUGAAGAUAGUUUAUUUUUAUACUACGCUGGAAAUUAUAUCUUUUUUUUUUUUUUUACCUGGUAUGUUUAAUUUUUAUAUUGACUAGCAACAAAAUGCUUUAUUGCGUGAUAAGGAAUAUCUUGGAAAAGAUAAAGCACAAGAUUCUAGUCUGCCUUGAAUAUUUUUUCAAGUCGUUACGUUAAUUAAAACCACAGGCCCAAUUUGAUUUUCUAUAUUCAGUAGUUCCCAUAUAUUACUGGCUUAACGUCUGCCAUAUUGGUAGUAUUUUCCCAAAAUUCAUUUAGCACAAAACCUUAAAAGUUGCCUAUCAGGUUCUCUCAGUGUCAAAUUUAUUUCAAACGCGGUCUCCUGUUGUAUUGAAUUUGCACAAGAAUAGUUUGCUUAGCAAUUUGAUUUUCAUUGUCUUUUCGAUGAACAUUUUCUAUUGCUUUGCAAACAGGUCCUAUUCAUUUAUAGUUGGUUUUGAUUUAAAUAAACUAUUUUAUGCACAACUUGUCUCCCAGGCAGGACCUUGGAACAAACAUUUUUCUUUUUCUUAGAAGUUAAUCCGAUACCUGCUUUGGCCUAAAUGACAAGUGUUAAUUGCCUUUUAAAAAUCAAACUACUUUCAGAGAUUAACCAGUUAACAUAGAAUAAAAUACCAUUUUUUUCAAUA